CCCCGCCUCUCCUUAGGCCCCACUUGGGAAGCCGCGGCCCCUCGGGCUCGGGCGCGGCGCUUCCUUCGCGGUCGCGGCUUGCCACUGCUCUACAGCCCCUCAGGCUCGCUCCCGGUCAGCCCUCAGCCUCCGUCGCUCCCGAGCCGCACGCGAGCGCGCCCGCCACUAAGGCUGCCGGUAGGGCUGCCGCCGCGAUACUUCCACCACUGUGAGAAUGUAAGAUGGACCCAGAAGAGCAAGAGCUGCUAAAUGACUAUAGAUACAGAAGUUACUCUUCAGGGAUUGAAAAGGCUUUACGAAAUUUUGAGUCCUCCAGCGAAUGGGCAGAUCUCAUAUCUUCACUAGGCAAGCUCAACAAGGCUCUGCAGAGCAACCUGAAGUAUUCCCUGCUGCCGCGCCGGCUGGUCAUCAGCAAGAGGCUAGCGCAGUGUCUGCAUCCCGCCCUGCCCAGCGGUGUGCAUCUGAAGGCUCUGGAAACCUAUGAGAUCAUCUUCAAAAUUGUGGGGACCAAAUGGCUGGCGCAGGACUUGUUCCUGUACAGCUGCGGGCUAUUUCCCCUGCUGGCAAACGCGGCGAUGUCGGUGCGACCCGUGCUCCUCGGCCUGUAUGAGAAGUACUUUCUCCCACUGCAGAAGCUCCUCCUUCCUAGCCUCCAGGCCUUCCUCGUGGGCCUGCUGCCCGGCCUGGAGGAGGGCUCCGAGAUCUACGACAGAACCGACGCCCUUCUGCUGAGGCUGUCACUGGUGGUGGGCAAGGAGGUGUUCUACACGGCGCUGUGGGGCAGUGUCUUGACCAACCCAGCCAUCCGGCUCCCAGCCUCACUCUUCGUGGUGAGCCACAUCAGCAGGGACUCUCUGGGCCAGGAGCAGAAGUUCAUGCUGGGCACUGACCAGCAGCUCACGGUGAAAUCACUGUGUGCCUCACUAUUGGACUCAAAUGUGCUUGUGCAAAGAAACAAUCUGGAAAUCGUUCUGUUUUUCUUCCCAUUUUACACCUGUCUGGAUCCCAAUGAAAGAACCAUUCCCCUGGUCAGAGCUGACAUUGUACACCUCCUCUCGGCCGCCACCCAGACCCUGCUGAGAAGGGACAUGUCCCUGAACAGAAGACUGUAUGCCUGGUUGCUAGGUUCAGAUAUUAAAGGAAAUACAAUUGUGCCUGAAACUGACAUCUCAAAUUCUUAUCAAGACCCAUCCUCUUACUUUUUUGAAAAAUUCUCCAAGGAUCUUCUAGUUGAGAGUCUGGCCCAGAUACUGCACCAGAAGUUCAUGGACACGGAUGUCGAGGAGCGGCACCAUGCGUACCUGAAGCCUUUCCGCAUCCUGGUCAGUCUCCUCGACAAGCCUGAAAUAGGCCCUCAGGUGGUUGAGAAUCUGUUUCUCGAGGUCAUCAGAGCCUUUUAUUCUUACUGCAGAGACGCCCUUGGCUCUGAGCUCCAGCUUAGCUACACUCCGAGUGGGAAUCUGCUGACCAGUACCAUCAAGGAAAACAAAAAUGCCUCUGAGAUCGUCAAGACAGUGAACUUGCUGAUCUCCUCCCUCAGCACUGACUUCCUCUGGGAUUAUAUGACCAGGUGCUUUGAGGAGUGCUUCAGACCAGUGAAGCCAGGCAACACUGCUGGGAAACCCAUCGGGCCUCCACCCACUGUCUCGGAGCUCUGCACCCUGCUCGUGUUCCUCCUGGAUGUCAUUCCCUUGGAGCUCUACUCAGAGGUGCAGACCCAGUACCUGCCGCAGGUGCUCGGCUGCCUGCUGCGGCCUCUGGCUGAGGAGGUGGAGACCUUGAGCUUGCCUGAGCUCACACAUGCGCUGAAGACAUGUUUCAAGGUGCUCAGCAAGGUCCAGAUGCCACCCUCCUACCUGGACACGGAGCCAGCCAGUGGAGGCUCGAGUCUGGUAAAAGAUGAGCAUGGUGAAAUAAUUUUGGACAUGAAAGCAGUAGUGGUUGGUGAUGAGGAGACAGCAUUCCCCCCUCUGAGAUCUGAGGACAGUGGGAUCGGGCUCAGUGCCUCGUCACCGGAGCUGUCUGAGCACCUGCGGGUCCCUCGAGUCUCUCCCGAGAGAGAUGACAUCUGGAAGAAGGGAGGCAGCAUGCAGAGGACACUGCUGUGCAUCCAGGAGCUCAUUGCCAACUUUGCCAGCAAGAACAUCCUUGCGGUACCCACACCUGCACCCGUGCCUGGAGAAGAAAGCAAUUCUGAAGAGCCUGCGGGGAGGAGGGCCAAGGACCCAGUGCCGAGCACAGGGGCCGGUGACUCUGGCAGGAAGAGCUCGUGGGACACCAAGCCCAUCACUGUGCCCCAGUUUAAGCAGAUGCUCUCAGACCUGUUCACAGUGCGUGGGUCUCCAUUUAAGACAAAAAGUUCGGAGUCACCAGCAUCUCUGCCCAGUAGCCCGAGCAGGAAGAUGGGAGGAGGAUGGGAUGCUGACCGCAUGGUCAUUGACCUGCGGGGCUCCAAGGAGGACUGCAGGGAGGCCUUCGCCGCUGCCUGCCACCUGCUGCUGGACUGUGCCACCUUCCCUGUGUACCUGUCUGAGGAGGAGACCGAGCAGCUCUGCGAGAUGCUUUUUCAGCCCCCAGGGGCCAGUGAUCCCAACUUUCCACCUUGGCUGAGGUCCCUGAUGACCAUUUGCUGCUGCAUAACUGACUGCUACCUACAGAAUGUGGCCAUCUCCACCCUGCUGGAGGUGAUCAACCAGUCCCAGUCCCUUGCACUAGUCAUCGAGGACAAGAUAAAGCGCUGCAAGAACUCUGAGCAUAACCCAUUUUUUGGUAAGCUGCUGAUGGUGACAGUCCCGCCUAUCGCCCCAGGGAUACUGAAGGUCAUCGCAGAGGACACAGACUUCUAUCAGAGGGUGGCGCGCGUGCUGUGGGAUCAGCUGAACAGGGAUACCCGGGAACACCAUGCCACCUGUGUGGAGCUCUUCUAUCGGCUGCACUGCCUGGCCCCGUCGGCCAGCAUCUGUGAGGACAUCAUUUGCCAGGCACUCCUGGACCCUGACAAGGGCACGCGGUUGGAAGCACUCUUUCGGUUUUCCGUGAUCUGGCACCUGACCAGAGAGAUCCAAGGCGGCCGAGUGACGUCUCACAAUCGCUCCUUUGACAAAUCCCUAUUUGUCGUGCUCGACAGUCUGGCCUGUGCAGAUGGUGCCAUCAGCACGGCAGCCCAGGGCUGGCUGGUUCGUGCACUGUCGCUGGGGGACGUGGCGCGCAUCCUCGAACCUGUGCUCCUGCUGCUGCUGCAGCCUAAGACCCAGCGGACGUCCAUCCACUGCCUGAAGCAGGAGAACUCGGCCGAGGACUUGCAUCGUUGGUUUCACAGGAAGAAACCUUCCUUCAAAGAGAAUGGUGGGGCAUCUGAGCUUGCAGAAGGUGGCUCUGAGGAGCACCUGCCCCUGAGCCAGUUCACCACAGUGGAUCGUGAAGCCAUCUGGGCCGAGGUGGAGAAGGAACCGGAGAAGUGCCUGCCACACAGCGAGCUGAAUGAGGAGGACCUGCCCUAUUACGUAGACCUCCCAGACAGGAUGGCCCCCAGCGCCCCAGACAGCAGUGAGCACACUGAGUCUGCAGACACAAGCUCUGGCCACACUGACAGCGAGAACACAUCCAGCUUCUCCUCCCCAUCCCACGACCUACAGGAGAUGAGCCUCGAGGACAACUGCUGUGCACCCAUCCCUGUUGGGGGCAGGAUGCACCCCAAGCGCUCAGCCUUGCCGCCAGGCUUCCAGCCCGAAAACCUCAAGUCCAGUGCCAGAUUGAGCCUGGUGCGUGUGGACUCAGACAAGACGCAGGCGUCAGAGUCACUGUCCAGCGACGAGGAGGCAGACUUGGAGCUCCAGGCCCUGAGCACAUCUAGGCUACUGAAGCAGCAGAGGGAAAGGCAGGAGACGCUCGAAGCCCUGUUUAAGCAUAUCCUGCUCUACCUGCAGCCCUAUGACUCCCGCCGCGUGCUGUACGCUUUCUCUGUGCUGGAAGCUGUGCUCAAAACCAACCCCAAGGAGUUCAUUGAGGCCGUGUCCAGGACCAGCAUGGACACCAGCUCCACUGCACACCUCAACCUCAUCUCCAACCUCCUCGCACGCCACCAAGAAGCGCUGAUUGGCCAGAGUUUCUAUGGGAAGCUGCAGACCCAGGCGCCCAGUGUGUGCCCCCACUCACUGCUUAUCGAGCUUCUCACCUACCUCUGUCUGAGCUUCCUGCGCUCCUACUAUCCUUGCUACCUGAAGAUCUCCCACCGAGACAUCCUGGGCAACCGUGACGUACAAGUCAAGAGUGUAGAGGUCCUCAUCCGCAUUGUGACGCAGCUAGUGUCAGUGGCCAAGUCCUCGGAGGGGAAAAGCGUGGAGUUCAUCCACAGCCUACUGCAGAGGUGCAAGGUCCAGGAGUUUGUGCUGUUGUCACUGUCGGCGUCCAUGCACACGAGCCAGAAGCGCUACAGCCUGGCCACCAGUGAUCAGGGCAGGGCCCCAGUAGAGGACAGCCUCUUUGAGGAGAGCCUUAUCAACCUGGGCCAGGGCCAGAUCUGGAGUGAGCACCCACUGCAAAUCGAACUACUCAAGCUCCUGCAGGCACUCAUUGUCUUAGAACACCAGCUGGGCCAGGGCCAAGAGGAGACCGAGAGUCAACCGGCCCUGUCCCGGGAGUGGCAGAAGGCAUUGAACUUCCAGCAGGCCAUUGGCGCAGUGCAGUAUGUGCAGCCCCACCCCCUCACCUCCCAGGGCCUACUGGUCUCAGCAGUGGUUCGGGGACUGCAGCCUGCCUAUGGCUAUGGCAUGCACCCAGCCUGGGUGAGCCUGGUCACGCAUUCCUUGCCGUACUUUGGGAAGUCCCUGGGCUGGACAGUGACACCCUUCGUUGUACAGAUUUGCAAAAAUUUGGAUGAGCUAGUUAAAUUAUAUGAAAGUGAAUCUGUGAAGCUCUCCAUCAGCACAACCUCCAAGAAGGAAAAUAUUUCUCCCGAUUAUCCACUCACUCUUUUGGAAGGUCUGACAACUAUUAGUCAUUUCUGUCUUUUGGAACAGCCGAACCAAAACAAAAAGACUACAGUGGCAUGUGAUCUUGCCAGCCUACGCAAUGCCAAGAAUGCCAUUUUGGAAGAGCUACCACGCAUUGUUAACACUAUGGCCCUUCUCUGGAACAUGCUGAGAAGGGAAGAGAUGCAGAAGAGGCCCUUGGACCUCCUGGGGAUCACCAAGGGAUCCUCCUGUGUCUACUUCAAAAGCACCAAGACCAUAAGACAAAAAAUCCUAGACUUCUUAAACCCCUUGACAGCCCAUCUUGGAGUUCAGCUGACAGCUGCGGUUGCAGCCGUUUGGAGCCGAAAGAAAGCCCCUCGUCAUAGUAAAAUGAAGAUCAUCCCACCAGUAAGCACCACCCAGCUCACCCUUGUUGACUUAGUCUGCGCACUCAGCACCCUGCAGACUGACACGGUGCUGCACCUGGUGAAGGAGGUGGUGAAGAGGCCAUUGCAGAUCAAGGGGGAUGAGAAAUCGCCCCUUGCGGAUAUCCCCGUGUUACAGUUCUGCUACGCUUUUCUACAAAGGCUCCCAGUAUCAGCCUUACAAGAAAACUUUCUCUCGCUGUUAGGCGUCCUGAAGGAAUCUGUGCAGUUGAAUCUGGCCCCCCCUGGGUAUUUCCUGCUCCUCAGCCUGCUGAAUGACUUUGUAACCAGAACACCCAACCUGGAGAGCAAGAAGGAUCAGAAAGACCUGCAGGAGAUCACUCAGAAGAUCCUGGAGGCUGUAGGGAACAUUGCAGGCUCCUCCUUGGAACAAACCAGCUGGCUCAGCAGGAACCUGGAGGUGAAAGCCCAGCCUCAGGUCGCUCUGGAAGAGUCAGACGCAGAGGACGAUCUGCACGAUGCUGCUGCAGCUUCAGCCAUGGUGUCAACGUCUGUGCCCUCAGUUUACAGUGUACAAGCGCUCUCUCUCUUGGCGGAGGUCCUGGCCUCCCUCCUGGACAUGGUUUAUCGAAGUGAUGAGAAAGACAAAGCGGUGCCGUUGAUCUCCCGCUUGCUUUAUUACGUUUUUCCGUACUUGCGCAAUCACAGUGCCUACAAUGCACCCAGCUUCCGGGCCAGCGCCCAGCUGCUGAGCUCCCUGAGUGGCUACGCCUACACGAAGCGGGCCUGGAAGAAGGAAGUGCUGGAGUUGUUCCUGGACCCCACUUUCUUUCAGAUGGAUAGUUCCUGUGCUCAUUGGAAGUCCAUUAUUGACCAUCUUCUGACUCAUGAGAAAACAAUGUUUAAGGAUUUAAUGAACAUGCAAAGCAGUUCUUUAAAACUGUUCUCAAGUUUUGAGCAGAAAGCCAUGCUGCUAAAGCGCCAGGCUUUUGCUGUGUUCAGUGGAGAACUCGACCAGUACCACCUCUACCUCCCCCUGAUCCAAGAACGCCUGACAGACAAUCUCAGAGUUGGACAGACACCCAUAGUUGCUGCUCAGAUGUUUCUUUUUUUCAGAGUUUUGCUGCUAAGAAUCUCUCCUCAACAUCUGACCUCACUGUGGCCCAUCAUGGUCUCUGAAUUGAUUCAGGUAUUCGUACAACUAGAAGACGAACUGAAGGAGGAUGAUGAGUCAUUGAGAAACAGCAACAAAAUAAGCAGAAAAAUUUCGGUUGCUGAUGGAAAUGGGCCCUUGACAGGAGAGAUGGCCCCAAGUGAACUCAUCUUGUAUUUGUCAGCUUGUAAAUUCCUGGACACAGCCCUCUCUUUUCCACCUGACAGGAUGCCACUCUUUCAAAUGUACAGGUGGGCCUUUGUUCCAGAGGUGGACACAGCAGGCUCUGCCUCCCUGUCUGACCUAGACGAGCCUCACCAGGAAUGCAAACCCCACAGCAUCAGGAUUCUAGAACUUCUGAGAUCGAAAUACGGGCAAGUCGGCAGCCCUGAUGAGAUCUCCCCAAAGAGCGAAUUUCCGCUGCUGCGCCAGCAUUCCGUCUCCAGCGUCAGGCAGCUGACUCCGUUCUUCCAGACUCUGAGCUGCGCCUUCAAAACCCCAGCUCAGCGCCCAGCCACUGAAUCUGGAUCCAGAUCUGCAGCACUGUCCCCAGAGCUCCCCGGGCCAUGCAUGCUCAGACAGCUGGAGGAGUGUGUAGAAUACGACUUUUUGGAGCAUCCUGAAUGUUAACAUUUCUAGAAUGUGUUUAAUCCAUUCAUUGCGACUUGGGUGAAAACCACAAUGCGUGCCCAACAGAGAAGGCGCAGGGUGUGCUUCUCAACAACUCUACUUCAAAUCUGAAGGUUCAUUUCAGAUCGUUUUCUUGUCGGCAGCAAAACACAACGCCCUAGAUGCCUUGUGAUAUAUUUGAAUCUUGCUGUGUGUUUCUGCUUCAGUUCUGUAAUGGAAAUAAAAUCACUGCAUCCCCUGACGGCAGCGCGAGCUCCGAGCCACUGAAGGAGGGAGAGCGCGGGCAGAGGCCGUCCUUGUUGGCGCAGCGGUCUGGCCUUGCUCGGGCUGCUUCUCUGAAAGUUCAAGCUUAUUAAAAGAAUGUUAUUUUUAAAUGCC